AUAGAUAGCCACAGCCAGUGAUCAUCCCACCCACAGCAGCAAACCCCUGUAUUAAAAUGAGCACUCACCUAUCAACUUGCCCCUGAUACGGUUAUACGACACCUCAAUCUUUGCCAGAUCAUCUGCUCCCUCUGCUGCUAUAAGUAGCAGGAGAAAGUCUCACUCUUGUAAAAAAACAAAAAAAGAUUGCCACUAGAGAGGAAGAGUAGAGUUUUGGAAGCCACAAUCCUGUGAUUGAUUUGUGAUAGAUUGGAGCAAAAGAGAAUUCUUGUUUGUUUCUUGCUGAUCUGUGCUUCUCUGAUCUGGAUUUCUUAAUUAUAGUUAUAUAAGUACAGAGUUGACAAAGAUUUCAAGCAACCAAGGACCAAGAGGAUUAGUAGCAGCAGUGUAGAACAGUUCUUGCAGCCAGGAAGCUAUUAGAAGUGAGCGUGGCUAAUCUUGCUUCUGCCGCUUGUCCUCCUAACCGAAGCAGCGAAAGGAGAGAGAUUUUGCCAAAAACAAGUAUAAAAUCGUGGUAGUUGCCCAGCAAAAGCCAAUCUUUUCUUCUCUGUGCUCUCGAUUUGACACCGGCGGUGCGAGUCGCCGGUGAUGGGAGAGCCAAAAAAGGUGGCAACUUGAGCGAGUUUGGCGGGGGAAUGGAUGAGGAGAGUGGCCGCGGCGCGGCGAGGGCGGCGCGGAGUAGGUCGUGGCGGGAGGAGACGGUGCUCGCGUACCAGAGCCUCGGGGUGGUGUACGGCGAGUUGGCGGCGGCGCCGCUGUACGUGUACCGGAGCGCCUUCGCCGGCGGCGACAUCCAGCACUCGGCGGGGAACGAGGAGAUCUACGGCGUGCUCUCCCUCGUGUUCUGGACGCUGACCCUGGUCCCGCUCGCCAAGUACGUGCUCGUCGUGCUCCGCGCCGACGACGACGGCGAGGGCGGCACCUUCGCGCUCUACUCGUUCAUAUGCCGCCGUGUCCGCGCAGGCCUCCUCCUCCCCGGCGGCGGCGGCGAUGAGCUCGCGGGGCAGUGCAACGGCGGCGCGGUCGCGCCCGUGUCGGCCGUGCGCGCUGCGCUGGAGAGGCACCGGGUCCUGCAGAGGCUGCUGCUGCUGCUCGCUCUGCUUGGGACGUGCAUGGUCAUCGGCGACGGUGUGCUCACCCCUGCUGUCUCCGUGUUCUCUGCAGUUUCCGGGCUGGAGUUGUCGAUGGCCAAGAACCAACACCAAUAUAUAUUACUUCCUAUAACAUGCGUGAUACUGGUGUGCUUAUUCGCCUUGCAACACUACGGCACACACAGGGUUGGAUUUCUUUUCGCGCCUAUUGUUUGCUUGUGGCUUCUCUGCAUCAGCAUCAUAGGGGUGUACAACAUCAUCCAUUGGAACCCCCAUGUGUAUCAAGCCCUUUCACCAUAUUACAUGUACAAAUUUCUCCAAAAGACUCAAACAGGAGGCUGGAUGUCACUGGGUGGAAUCCUUUUGUGCGUAACCGGCUCUGAAGCUAUGUAUGCGGACCUUGGACAUUUCACACAGUAUUCAAUAAAGAUGGCUUUCACACUAUUGGUUUACCCAGCUCUCGUGCUGGCCUAUAUGGGUCAAGCUGCUUAUAUUUCACGCCAUCACAAUUUCGAGGAAGGCAGUCAUAUUGGAUUCUACGUAUCAGUACCAGAAAAAAUCAGAUGGCCUGUUCUGGGGAUUGCAAUACUCGCAGCUGUAGUUGGGAGCCAAGCAAUCAUUACUGCGACAUUCUCAAUUAUCAAGCAGUGUUCUUCCUUAAACUGCUUUCCUAGGGUGAAGAUUGUGCAUACAUCCUCCACAGUGCAUGGCCAGAUAUACAUACCAGAGAUCAAUUGGAUGUUGAUGAUACUAUGCCUUGCUGUAACCAUAGGGUUCAGAGAUACAAAGCACUUGAUGAAUGCUCAAGGGCUUGCAGUUAUAACUGUUAUGCUCGUCACAACAUGCUUGAUGUCACUGGUUAUUCUUCUUUGCUGGAACAAGAGCAUUGUCUAUGCUCUCAGCUUCCUUCUUUUCUUUGGUGCAAUCGAAGUGCUCUACUUCUCAGCUUCACUCGUGAAGUUUCAUGAAGGGGCUUGGGUACCUAUCACUCUGUCCUUCAUUUUCAUGGUGGUGAUGUGUGUGUGGCACUACGGCACCAUAAAGAAGUACGAGUUUGAUGUGCAAAAUAAGGUCUCUAUAAGUUGGUUGUUGAAUAUUGGCCCUUCCUUGGGAAUUGUUCGUGUCCGAGGCAUUGGUCUGAUACACACAGAACUUAUGUCUGGGAUACCGGCCAUUUUCUCCCACUUUGUGACCAACCUGCCUGCAUUUCAUCAGGUGCUGGUCUUUCUAUGCAUAAAAUCAGUAUCAGCACCACAUGUUCGGCCUGAGGAACGAUUUUUGGUCGGUCGCAUUGGCCCCAAAAAGUAUAGGCUAUACAGAGUGGUCAUCCGGUAUGGAUAUCGUGAUGUACAGAAGGAUGACAUGGAGUUUGAGAAGGAAUUAGUCGGCAGUAUCGCAGAGUUCAUCCGCUGUGCACACUCUAAUCAAAAUGGCUUUCCAGAUGGCACAAGCCAUUCACAUGAGGGGCUAUCUUCCAUAAGUAAAGGCCUUCCACUUCAGGAGGAUGGUGAGUUUGAUAGGUCAGAUUCAUCAGGAUCAUCUGCUCAUAAGGAGGUCAACCCAAAUGCGACAGCGCCAAAGCCCAAACGGGUGAGGUUUGCACUCCCGAAGGACGCAAAGAUAGACCGCGAGGUGCGCGAUGAACUGCGAGAGCUGAUGGAGGCAAGAGAGGCUGGCAUGUCCUUCAUAAUGGGUCGCUCCCAUAUGAAGGCGAAGAGCGGGUCUGGCCUGGUCAAGCAGCUCGUGAUAAACUUCGGCUACGAGUUCUUGAGAAGGAACAGCCGAGGCCCUGCGUUCACAGCAAACUUGCCUCAUGUUUCAACCGUGGAGGUAGGAAUGAUCUGCCUAGUAUGAUACGGAUCAUCAUAAAUUCAUCAUGUUUUUGCUGUAGAAAUGUAGAAAUAGCCCAUGUCCAUAUAUCUCUAUGUAUAUAUAUAUCCUGACGAAAAAUGGUAGAUGAUUGAUGAAUCAGGAUAACAUUGCCAAGAAGUGCAGAACACUGAACACUGCACAAUAGAUUGAAGUGUGCAUAGGUUUCUCAGCAGUCUUGCGUUGAGCUGAUCUUUGAAUGUAUCGGCCUGUUGAUCUGUUGCUACCGCAGUUGCUGUAUAUAGAUCGGUGACAGAGCUGCAGGAGGGACAGGCAAUGCAACAAUUUUGUGCA